AUGCAUUUCGAAGACGUAUUUGGACUUGAUGCAGAUGAUUUGAGCAUCGUGACGCCUCGGAUACUAGAUGCACCAUACAACAACUUUCUACCUCUAACUCCAGAGAAGGAAGACAGUUGGACAUCAAUAUCAGGGGUGGAAUACGCCGUGUCUCCUACAGAGACAGGUUCGUUUACUGACGGUGCAGUAAGGUUUUCCAACAGGGGAUUGGGAGAUUUUGAGUUUGCAAACAGAGAUGUAGCUUGGGCUGGUCGCCAGGUAUCCGAGGAAAUAUGGGGAUUGGAGGAAAUGAAGACCAAUCUAGAAAAUUUUUACACUUGGUUGCUGAGAUUCUCACUCGACUGCCCUUUCAAAGACGUUAGAAAGGGAUGCAGGGAGAUAUUAAAACGAGCAGAGCGAGCUGGAGCCCAAAUACCCGAGGUACCCGUAAGAGGGCCGUCAUUUUUCAUUCCUUUAGGGGAAACAAUUGGCCUCAACUACGGGCCCUGGACUCCUGCCACACCAAACCCAAGGUCUCCCAACCCUCUUGAUCUUUCGGAAGAUGAGGAGGACGGAAUAAUGUUCUCUCCGAGGGAGUCGAGUGGGAAUGGAAAUUUAGCAUCGGGAAUAAUGAUUCCGGACCCCAAUAAAACUAUGAAUGGAGAUCGUACUCGUUCUACCUCCCGUGGUAGAACCCCGGUUGGUUCUUUUGGCCGAGGUAGCAGGCGGACAACGGUUUCUAUGGUAUCAUCGCUUUUUCAAACGCCGCCAUCUCCACCAAACGGAUUGAACACAUCCUACAAGUUCAAAAGACGCAAUCAUCCCCGUCGGCAGAUUCCAAAGUUUCUGCCAAAACCGAAGCCUCCUAGUGACGAUAUUCGAUAUCUACAAGUGAACGCUUAUAUGCGUACAGGCAGGGUUGGAAAUUUGAAUAAGAUUCUCUUCCAUUUUCCAAGUUUUGCGGAGGUAAACAGGGAGGCUACUGAUCUAUUUGUCUCGGACGACUCGCCGAACGGGCCCCUGCCCCAGAAGUGGAGAAUUUACCUGGGGAUUCUUGCUGCGGCCGAGAAAAAGUGUCAAUACUACCUGUCGCUACUUUCGGAGAAAUUCUUGACCAUACGAGGCGAGAAAGAAUGGUUAAAGGGGAUCCAGAACACACCACCAAAACUGCAGCGGAUCUCAAAACUGAAUAUGUUACUUGCGCACCGUCCUUGGACCAUCACACAAGACCAUGUCAAAGAACUAAUUCGUGGAGAUGAGUCGGAAGAAUUGGAUCCCGAACAUAAGUGGACUACAGCAGAGGCUCUCCAAGCCAUUAUCAUAAUGAGCUUCUAUCAUGGAAAAUCAGCAAUGGCUCUUGCAUGGGGUAUACUGCCUGAGGCAGAUCUGCUAGGUGGAACGGUGAGGACGUUGGAAAAGUGCACACCGGUAGCUCCUUUUGGAAGCUUUGUCCAGUCUUCAUCCACAGAUCCCCCAAGCGAAGGAUCAGGUGGUGUUAGGCGAGAUGGGGAUUCGUUGAAAUCUACAUCGGGACACUCAAGUAGAAAAAGAGCACAGGUAGCUGUUGGGCAAGGAACUGAAGAAGGGCCAGAAAAAUGGAGGAAAACACCGACCGGCAGUAUCCCCUUCGUGUCGAACCCAAGUAGCCCAGCUAGUCCUGUCCUCGCGCCAUCGGACCCAAUGCAUGUACCGCCUCCGCUCCUGAAAAAAGAAGCUGUAACACUAGGAACUCCAAAGGAACGUCAUCAUCAUCGUACAAAGAGCCAGAAACGCAGGAAAUCUUUCGAGGAGUGUGCCACAAGCGAAGAUGCCCCACCUCCCCCAGCAACUGCAGGUUUAGAUGGAUUUUCACUUUCGGCCCCAAACAGCUAUGUUCCGUUCUCCAGUCUGUCAAGCGCGAGACCAUUACCAGCUCGAGACUACCUUCUUUCGCCGUCAAGCUCAACGAGCUCGCUCUUUGACACGAUGGGUUUACUUGGCGAGCAAUUACCUGUGAACGUUCUUAUUGAAGAUUACACUCGUUUUUUACACCCAGAAAGUAUAGAUCGCCAGCACGAAGACUUCGACCCAAACUCUCGUGAGUACGAAUUUUUACCCAUGGAGGAGUUUGAGUGGGAACGCAACGCAAGCAGCAUCAUCUCGGACUAUCUUGAUAAUGUCGUAGAUGUAUUGGACCGUUACUUUAAAGAGGCGCAAGAUGCGGAUGCCGACGACGAAGUAUACUUCGCCUCGGCGUUGGAAAUGUUGCCGCCGAGGAGACUUUUAACCGAUGAAAUCUCCAGUACCAGAAGCGAGUAUAGUUCAAGUAGAAUAAAUAGCGCAGAAUUUGAAGAUUUUCUCGCAUCACCGCCAGACCGUCACGAUCGCACUGGAAGGUCGUUCAUAUCCUCGGGGCGUUCAGCGUCGUCGCCACCAAGGUAUGUCUUUGAACCGAAGAGCUUCAAAGAAGCAGCAUGGUUCUACAGUUUGCGGCUGCUUGGGAUUCAGAAAGACGACUUUCGGUACAGCGAGAUCAAAGUGCUUUUAGAUAAGGGUUCAAGGAGGUAUUUGAAAAGGGUUUGCGCCCAGCCUGAUAUGGUCAGCGUAGCGGACUGGGUCGGAGCAGGUCAAGGGAUGGGCGGAUUGAGGAGUGAAGAGAAGAGUCUGUUGGCGCUAUUGGCCUGUCAGGCUAGAUUCAUGGGAGAGGUAUUGUGGGGAGUUAGGGCUGUGAGUGAAUACAUUGGAUAA